UACAGUUUAAAGCAAGACUUCACAAGAACUCUAAAGCCGAUCUUCUCCAAAGCUGAUUACUCAACCAGUACCAUAAUUAAAAUAUAAUAUUUUGGAGAGGGAGGACUCCAAACACUCAAAAAUCUAAUCAAUGAUCCCAGCCGGAAAUAGGAGAUCGAAAAUCAGACCUCCAAGGAAAUCUUUAGUGAGUUCUUCUUUAGAGUCUUCAACUACAGAUCCAACGGUUGACUUUGAAAAAUCAUGGUCAAUUUUAUCCAAUGCGAUUGUCCAGAUUCAAAAUAAAAGUGUGUCCAAUUUAUCCUAUGAGCAAUUGUACAGAAAAGCGUAUAUUCUUGUGUUGAGAAAAUAUGGUGGGAAACUUUAUGAGAAUGUAGCUACUAUAAUUACUCUUCAUUUAUUAAAGAGAAGAGAUUAUUUGCUUACUAUAUAUAAUGAAGAAGAAUUCAUGAAAGCCACACUUGUGGAAUGGAAUGAACAUCUUCAAUCCAUGAAAUUCAUAAGUGAUGUAUUAAUGUAUCUUAAUCGCGUCUAUGUUAAAGAACAUAAGAAAUUACUAAUUUAUGAUUUGGGGAUACAAUUGUUUAAGGAUAAUGUUAUAAAAUAUAAUGAUGAUCAAGUAGGUAAGAGAAUUGUUGAUACAGUUAUUCAGGAAAUUACUAAAAGUAGAAAUGGUGAAGUGAUAACCACCAAUAUGUACAUUACUAAACUAAUAAAUAUGCUCGAAUUAUUAGUAGAAAGUGGUAGUGGUGAUAUACAAUUUGGAGAGAAUUAUUAUCAAAGUGUUUUUGAACCUGCUUUUCUUGCUAGUUCAGAAACUUUCUUUUAUAAAUUAUCCAGUGAAUUUGCAAGUUAUAAUUUGGGAACAAAAUAUAUUCAAUCAACCAGCAGAUUUAUUAAAGAAGAAGAAGGUCGGAUUAAUUUCUAUAUGCCUGAAUCAAUGUAUCCAAAACUUAACGAAUUAAUGAAUAAUAUUAUGAUUAAAGAUCGAAUAGAUGAUAUUUUGGCUUUACCUUACGAACUGCAGGGUCUAUCAUACUUAUUACGUCCAGUAGUAGUGAAUGUAGUUGAUGGUAAAAAUGAAUCUUAUCACAUCCCAGAUUUGAAAAUCUUAUACGAAUUGAUUGGACGAAUUGAUGACGAAUAUGAUCUUCUUCGAUUAAGGUUAAAGGAGCAUAUAAAGCAACAAGGUGAAGAACUUCCUCAACAAGUCAGAAGCAUAUUGGAAAAAGCCAAUGGUGAUAAGAAGCUUAAUCCUGCACUUUUUGCAAUUAAAUGGAUAGAGACAGUUCUAAAGUAUCAUGACGAAUUUCUUAAAAUCCAUGAACAAGCAUUUGAUCUGAACUCUUCAGUUUCACUAACUAUAACUUAUGCAAUGAGAGAAUUUAUAAAUGCUCCACCUACUAAUAGAAAAGAUGCUAAUUCUGUAAAUGGUCCAGAAUUAUUAUCGGUAUACAUGGAUUAUCAUAUCAAACAAUCAGCUAAGACAGCUCCAUCAAAAGACAUUGAAUCUCUAGAUUCUAGAGACUAUGUUGAUGUAUUUAUAGAAAGAUCAAUCAAAUUUUUGAGAUUUAUAAAGGAUAAAGAUGCAUUUGAGGCAUACUAUGCUAACCAUUUUGCGAAGAGAUUUCUCAGUUCAAAGUCUGGUUCGCAAAUCAUUUCUUCCAAUAACAAGAUGGGCAUAGAUAUAGAAGAAUUAUUGUUAUCUAAAUUAGGAGAAGAAAUGGGGACUACUUCAUUAGAUAAGAUUAUUAAAAUGAAUAAAGACAUUAAACUUUCUAAGGAUAUAACCAAUGAUUGGAAGAAAUUGAUUACUCAAAGUACUAAGAAAGACUUAAUUGAAUUAGAAUUAAAAAUAUGUAAUGUGAAUGAUUGGCCAAAAUCAAUGGUGAAAGAUUAUAAAGCAUUUUCUAAUGAUGAAAAUAAUGAAACUUCUUUUAUAUGGUCAAAACAACUUCGUCCAACUAUCAGAGAAUUUGAAGAAUUUUGGUUUAGUGGUAAGAAAAAUGAUAAUAAGUCUUUGUAUUGGAGUCCUAAAUUUGGAUCUAUGGAUUUGAGAAUAUCUUAUCCUUCACGUACUUAUGAAAUCAACUUAGCAACCUAUGCAGGGAUCAUUAUGUUACUUUUUGCUCCCCAAUCUACAAAUGCAGAUGGAAGUUUAGUGCUGGCCUUUGAAGAGAAUAAAGAAUUAUCUUAUGAAGAGAUAAAAGAGCUUACUGGAAUUCCAGAGAUAGAUUUAAAGAGACAUUUACAAUCAAUAGCAGUUGCUCCAAGGCUGAGAUUAUUAAUAAAGAAUCCUAUGACAAAGGAUGUUAAUAAUUCAGAUAAAUUUAAAUUGAAUGAAAAAUUUAAAUCUCCAUCAAUCAAAGUUAAAGUAUUAACAGUCUCAGCUGCUUCUUCAGCAGCAGCCAAUUCUAGUGGAGAGAAAGGUUCGUCUAAAGCUAAAACUGAACAAGAAGAAGAAGCUGAAGAAGUACGUUCUAAUAUUCAUGAAGGAAGAAAAUUGGAAGUCAAUGCGGCCAUUGUUCGUAUUAUGAAAUCACGUCAAACAAUUAAACAUAAUGAAUUAAUUGAAGAACUUAUUAAACAACUCUCAAAUAGAUUCCAACCUCUGAUUCUUUUAAUAAAACAAAGAAUCGAGGAUUUAAUAGAAAAGGAAUAUUUAAAGAGAGAUGACGAAGAGACUAAUAUCUACCACUAUAUCGCCUGAAACAUUUAGUAUACUCAGUGUAUAAUUUAGCCUAUUAUGGUAUAUCUAAUAUAUGAGAUAUUAUAAUAAAUUAAGAUUGAAUUGCUGUAAAUAAUUUUUGCAGUCUUCUUAGCGCAUUUUUGUUGAAGCGGAAUAAGGCCAGCCAGCGGCAUUUCCCCAUUAGGAAGACAAUAUCGCACCCAAUUAUUGAGCAGAUAAUUUUUAGUUGG